AUGUCCAUGGCCGUCAACCCAAGUCACUGCGCAAGCGCGACGUUUGGAAGCCCCGUACUACUAGGCGCCAGUAAUCUCGCCGUGCAAGCCAAUCUAGUCGAAAACUACAGUUUCGACGUGCCAAAGGGAUGGACCUACUCUCAGCCGGCCCUUAACGUCGAGAAUGCCACCUUUUGCAACGUCACCGUCACCUAUACGCACCCGGGACAGAACGACACCCUCAACGUCGAAGCUUGGCUGCCGGAAGUGCACCAUUACAACGGUAUUCUGCAGUCCGUUGGUGGAGGUGGCUGGAACCCUGGCCGCUUCAUCCUCAGCUAUGCCGCCAUGAUCAACGCCGUCGCCAACGGAUAUGCAACCGUCACCACUGACGCCGGGAUCCCUACUACCUCGAACCCCAUCGACUGGCUGCUCAAAAGUCCGGGAAGUCUAGACACCAACGCUCUCCAGAACUUUGGUCAGGUCUCCCUGAAUGAUGAGGCUAUUAUAGCAAAACAGCUCAUCAAAAGCUUUUACGGCAAGCCUCCUACGUAUUCUUAUCGGAACGCUUGCUCCCAGGGCGGCCGUCAGGGCCUCAAACUGGCGCAGCAAUACCCCGAGGCCUACGAUGGCAUCAUGGCGGCCGCUCCAGCCGCUAACUGGGCCGAGUUCUACCUCAAUUCGAUCUGGCCUAGCUACUACAUGAUAAAGACACAACAGUUCCCGUUGGGCUGCGAGCUCAACGCGCUCACUACCCUGGCCAUCUCUGCCUGCGACGAGCUAGACGGUGUCAAGGACGGCCUCAUCAGUGAUCCUGAAGCCUGCAGGGCAAAAUUCAACGCUACCGCACAGGUCGGCAAGUCUUUUAAGUGCGCGCAGACGAACUCGACGCUUGAAAUCAGCCAAGCGGCCGCCAACGUGGCCAACGCCUCCUGGACCGGUCCCCGUUCCUCAACCGGAAGGUUCAUCUAUGAUGGGUACGAGAUGGGAAGCGACCUCUCCGUCAUCGCGCCGACAGAGUGCACCGGCAAGGUCUGCACGAGCAACACCGCUGGAGCAAACAUUGCCUUUGCCUGGCAGGCUUUCGUCGCCAAGGACCCAAAUGCGACAGUGCCUACUCUCACAGACACAACGUUCGACACGAUCCACCGCGCCACCAAAUUGGUCUUUGCCUCCAACAUGGAGACCGACGAGGCGGAUCUGAGCGACUUCAGAAACGCGGGGGGCAAGAUCAUAACCUACCACGGACUCGCCGAUCAGAGCAUCUCCCCAGGCGGUACUCUCCGAUACUACAACACCGUUGCUGACGUCGUGGACGGCAACAUUACCUCCUUUUACAAGUACUACCGCGUCCCCGGGCUCGAGCACUGCUGGGGUGGCAGAGGAGGACAGCCCGAGGCCAUCUUCGCGCAGCUUCGGGCCUGGGUCGAGAACGGGACGAACCCAGGGUCGUCACCAGUGACCGUGACGCUGCCGGACGGAUCGACGCAAGACCAGGUGCUGUGCCCGUAUCCGCAGAAGGCGAGGUUUGAUAACGCUUGUGCGAGCAGGAACGCGUCUUUUUGCUGGACUUGUUCCGAGUAA